CGAUUGACUUUUGUGGCCCGGAUGGCACCGUAGCCUAGGAAACGGGUGUAGCUACAACAACACUUUAUGAGUUACAUAAAAUUUUGGUUACAACUUAUAAAACCGCCUGAUUAAUCCUUAAUUACUUACAAAUUUUCUUGGGUCCACUUUUAUAAUUCCGAUAUUGGCUUUUGUUUCAAGUGAUUAGCUAUUUGACAGUAGAAUGGCUGGCAGAUUUUGAGUGCGCGGGCGACGAAGUGUUGGUGGAGUCGUCUCCGCCCGCUUCACCAGUCAUGGCGGCGCGACUAGCGGCGCCCUCACAGGGCUCGGGCGCGGGCGGCGCCUCGCCGGACGCUGUGCGUGAGUUGAUCGUUAUACCGGAGCUCCCUAAUUCAAUCCACCUGCAACACGCCAUACAGCAGGUGUCGAGUACGGUGGUAGAAGUCAACGGAGACAGUUCAGGACACUCCAGUCCCACGACGGAGGCACAGCACACAUACAUCGUCACAAAUGUACAUUCCAUAUUUGGCACCUCGUGCACAGACGGGGACUCCUGGGGGACGACAGUGAAGUCCGAGCCGCGCGAUCAACACAGCGAGGGCGGGAACGGCGUCAACUAUCACGUCCAGUAUGUGGAGCCGCAGGAGAUUUACGCACAGACAGGACAUCAGACACAUAUGGAGACCCUCCGUUCAUAUCCCGUGUACGGCGUGGCGAGCGUGCCCGCGGACGGCGCGGUGACGGCCGUGACCGCGGUCACAGCGGUCACCGCCUCCGAUGACACCUGGCCGGCUGAGUUCACCUUCGAACAACCGGCCUCGCCAGCACCAGCAGCUCGCAUGCCGCCGGCCACCGUGCAGUGGCUGCUGGAUCACUACGAGACGGCCGAAGGUGUGUCUCUCCCGCGUUCGACGCUGUACGCCCAUUACCUCCGUCACUGUUCCACACAUCGCCUGGAGCCGGUGAACGCGGCGUCUUUCGGGAAGCUCAUCAGAUCGGUGUUCGUGGGUCUGAGGACCCGCCGGCUCGGGACCCGGGGGAACUCCAAGUAUCACUACUACGGCAUCAGGGCGAAGCAUUCCGCGCCUCGAGACCUGCCGCCCACCGUACAGAAGAUAGACGAGGAACCGCACUCGUCAGACGAAUCCCGUCCCCGUGAGCCGGAGAGUCCCGUGGGUCUGUCUGGUAUCGCUCACAGACAGUACUUGGGCUCGGUGAGCGCCCCUGACCCGCCGCCGCUGCAGCUAGACGACCCACCGCCAGACGUGACGCCUGAAGCGAUGCAGCAGUUCAGGGAUCACCACAGGCAACACGGGGUGGAGUUCCUCGAGGCCGUGGCGUCCCUGGACACGGGAGCUGCGGAGCGCUCUCGUCGGUGGUUCUGGAGGCGCGUGGGCAGGAGCGGGGCCCGCCUGGCCGGUCGCAGGGACGUGUGCACCUGGCUCAGGAGGGCCGAGCUCGAGCUGCACCAGCGAGCCGUGGACCUCCUGCUGCCCGACGUACUCAGGCCCAUACCCUCACAACUCACACAGGCCAUCCGUAACUUCGCCAAGAGCCUGGAGGGCGCGCUGUCGUCGGGGUCCUCCGGAGCCCCGGCCCCAGCGGCGCGCGCUCAGGCGUUGGCUGCGGGGGCUCUGUCGGCCGCCCUCAGGCGCUACACCUCCCUCAACCACCUGGCGCAGGCCGCGCGGGCCGUCCUCAACAACCACCAUCAGAUCCAGCAGAUGUUGUCGGACCUGAACCGCGUGGACUUCCGCGUGGUGCGCGAGCAGGCGGCCUGGGCCUGCGCCUGUGGCAGUGCGGCCACCGCGCACCGCCUCGAGGCUGACUUUAAAGCCCGCCUCGGUCGCGGGUCGUCGCUGGAGUCGUGGGCGUCGUGGCUGGAGAGCUGCGUCCGCGCCGCGUUGGCCCCGCACGAGCGCCGCGCCGACUACACGCCGCGUGCGCGACGACUGCUGCUCGACUGGUCCUUCUACUCCUCGCUCGUCAUCAGGGAACUCACGCUCAGGUUCUCAGUGUCGUCGCGUGUGGUCAGGUCGGCGGCGUCGUUCGGGUCGUUCCACUUGAUCCGCCUGCUGUACGACGAGUACGUCUCCUUCCUCAUAGAGCGGCGCGUGGCCGAGCACCGCCAGGAGCCGCCCAUAGCUGUGAUGCAGCGAGCGAUGGAUGACGACGAUGAGCUGCCGGAGGAGGUUCCCCGCGAAGACGACGACAUGAACGGAGAGAUGGUGGACGAGGGGCUCGACCACGGGGAGGGAGAGGGGGACGGAGACGGCGAGGGGAACGGAGAGGAGGGGGAGGGGGAGUGGGAGUGGGAGGACGACGACGACGAGCACGAGGAGAGGGAGCAGAAGAGGGCCCGCCUGGACCGAGGCUAACUGGAUGAUGGGUGUGCGGAGUGUAGCUUACUUUUCCAACAGCUGGAACUUAAAUAGCAUACUGUUGGUUUCGACGUUUAUGUUUAGACUAUAUAGUGUAAUACUUGUCAUAUGUUCUGUAACUGCUUCAUGUCUUUGUAAUGAGAGAUAGUGUUUAAUGCCUACCAAGCUUCUCUAAACAUGAACCGCGCACAGGACUACAGCACCGUCUAGUCAUAGGGAAAUAUAACUGGAUGAUUGUAAUGUCUUAACAUGUACUUAAUAUGAAUAGUUUUAACUUGAUGAUACUUGAGACAUUUAACACUAAGUGUAUUUGAGUGUUUGGGGACUGAUGCAUCUUGAGAAUAAGAAGUAAAUUUGUCUGUAAUAUUAAGAAAUUAUGUGUUAGUUUCUAGUUAUGUGCUUAUACCAAAGCUUUGCUAUGAGAAAUGUGUGGAAAAAUCCAUUGAGGACUUACAACACUUUCUUUUCUUGUAUGGGGUACGCUUGUGUAGUCUUUAAUAAGUUUAUAUAGAAGUACAUAAUAUAUUGUGUUCCCUGUAGUUAUAAUAAUUUUGAUCAGCCCAAAAAUAUAAAUAUGUUUGUGUCACUCCGCUUAUAAUAAAUGCACGUCCUAGCUUUUAGUUUACCAAAGAUUGACGACUUUGCUCAUUGUACAUACACUAGCGUUAGAAUGUAGAUGAUGUAUUUAAGAAAAUGAAGUCAGUGUAAUUGGUACUUACUGGAAUAUAAUAACGAUAAGCUACUUCAUAGAUCAGAUCAAGAACUGGUCUUAGCCGUAGUCGUCGAGAAGAUUCUGUCCAUUUGAAGUGUUAAAAUAACCGUUACCGUACCGUCUAAGUCAUAAAGUGUAUUUUUAAUAUAAAUAUAUGCAGUUGUAAUAUAAGUGCCAUUAUUGUGAAGCGACCGCACAAACAACUCAAUACAACAUGGACAUAUCAGGCGCAGUAGCUCGGCUACCGACAUAUCCGGAGUUCACAAACAGAACACGCUGUAUAUGUAUGUGGAUGUUUAGAAUAUUAAGCUGUGUUUACACUAUGUGACAAAUAUUAUGUGGAGUUAUGCUAAAGGAACUGUUUUAAUAUAUUAUAUAAUUAUAACGUAAGUAAGGAAGGAGGUUCCUCUUUUGGACAUUCCUAUAAAUAAUGCAUAUAUACGUAUAUAUUUUCUAUGUGUCAUUGUACGGUUGUGUUCUAGGAUUAAUGAUCGUCGCCGCUGAGUUUGAGAUUCCAUCGCUAUUUACCUCGUGUCGUAAUUCUCUAUUGAACUAUUAAUUCUAUAUGUUAAAUCGAUGUCGGUAGUUUGCAUCAAUGUAUAUUUCGAUGUGUCCAGCACAUGAAGCUGUAAGUCAUUACUGGUAAACAACACUAGCAUAGUGUCGGUCUAGACGUAUGUUACGAUGACAAUAUUUAAGGUUUAGUGAUAAACACGAACAGCCGCCACGACAGCUCGCCCGCGCCUGCAGGUGUGUUAAGUGUUUGAUGGUUUAGAAAUUUUCAACCUUCAAACGAUAAGCUUGUUUUAAUACAGCACUUGUAGUGGAGGCGAACUUAACUCGGUUUCAUGCGAGUGAACCGAGUCGAGUUCGCACGUGAAAGUCGUUACACACUAUAUAAUAUACGUGUAAUGUAAUGUGCUACAGCUGGGAGUGUCUUGAUAUAACGGAUCGACUGCAGCUAAUUUUCGAACAAUAAUAAUAUAAACAAAAUAUUAUAUUCAUCCGAGAGAUGGCGUUCACAAAUAUCUUUUUCAGAUUCUUUGAUCAAUUAUUAUCAACUUUUUGCACGAGAAUGUCAUUUAUUCAGGGUAAAUUUACAAUACCAAUGAAAACAUAAAUCUAAAAAUAUAUAUAUAUAUAUUAUUUGUGAUAUUUUUUUUUUGUCAUUGUUGCUGAACAAAAACGACAAUGCUGUUUAAAGCAAAAUAAACUGAAAUAACAAAUUUCAGCUCGACCAAG